AUGAGUACGGCGUCGAGUUCGACCAAGAUCGCUGACUCUAGUCAUGGAGUGAACGCGGAGGUGUCCAAGCGGGUGGAACUGUGCCUUGAGAAAUGUCAGUCAUAUGCAGAGUUCAAAGAAGAAAGACAUUUCAAGUUCCUUCAUUUGUUUGCGGGGCCUCGUGACGUUUUGGCUGAAGCCUUGAGGGACGAAUGCGAAAAGGAAGGGUUGAAGGUCGUGGUGGAAUCCUAUGAUAAACUCAUUGAUGCAAGCCACGAUCUUUUAGCAGAGCGGCCUUUCACGGACAUCCUGAAGAAGGCCAAAGAGGGCGACUACGAUGGUGGUCAUGCUGGAUUUCCCUGUGGGAGCUUUUCAAGGGCAAGAUACAACCUGGAAGGCGAAGGACCCAAGCCUGUGCGGUCUGGAGCCGAAAUUUAUGGCUUGGCAACAAACAGCCGAGCACAACAACAAGAAGCUGACAGAGGAACAGUGAUGGCUGUCAGGUCGGCCAUGAUCAUCAACGAGGUCAUUCAGAGUCAAAGACGCAGAGCGGUGCCGUCAGUGGGAACGUUGGAGAACCCGCCUGGAAGUGAGACAGGUGAAGAGGGACCGGCAUGGGCUCUCCCCGAAUUGAUGUCGUUUGAAAGAGACUUGGGAACGACAACAGCCUUGUUUAACACGUGCGCUUACCAGACCAAGUUGAGGUACAAGUGGUUUAAGCCAGGACGCUUCACGGGCUGCUUGGCCGAUUUGGACAGGUUGUCAAAGAAGUGCACGUGCCCUGGAUGGAGCCGACAUCAAGCUUUGAUAGGCAAGAACAUGACGUCGAGGGCGGCGGAGUACCCAGAGGAAUUGUGCAAAGCAUAUGCAGCUUUGGUUGUCAAGACGUUCAAGAACACGAUCCAAAUGGAAUGGUGGAGAUCAGUCUUGAGAAAGAAAAAGGAAGAAGUGUCAGAUGCACAGCUGAGGUGGUUGGCCAGCAAGGCCAAACGACAGUUGCCCCCGGUGACAACCCAGGAUUUGUCCGCCUCUCGAAGAGUUUGGAUGGCAGACAACGUGGAUGCUAGUGAAGGGCCUUCUGAUGGACCGUCAAAGAAGAAGAGACGGGAAGGAGAGAACGAGCACUACGUGUGGGGCAUGCGGAACCCGGCAAAGGCGGUGAGUAGACUUAGCAAGCUGGCAGAGACAGGGAAAGACAUCAGGAGAUUGUGGACAAGAUUUCUGAGAGAAUAUCCUCAAGCAGUCGAGACGGCAGAGGAGUACGGAAGUGAGAACUGCCAGUUGAAGGAGAACGUUCUCAAGGCGUGGACGGAUUGCAUCGAGCACUUCUUGAAGGUCAAGGAAUUUGAUGAAGUGGUUUUGAGACCCCCGGAGAGAUUCACAUCUCCAUUGAAUGCAAAGCUCCUAGAAGCUUGGCGAAAGCAUUCAGGUGACCCGGAGAUGGAUCUAGUGUCAUGGAUCAGAUCGGGGGCUCCGUUGGGCAUGGCAGAAAACAUCCCCUACUGCAACAUCUUCCCGAUGACGGAGGGCAAUGAAGGGGAGUUUGAAAGCAUGCCCGAAAUGGAAGCUCAGCUGGGGGCAGAGAACUACAAGAGCUUUGUUGAGGAGCCGGAACAUGCUUAUGCUGAAGUACAAAGGUAUUUGCAGAAGGGCUUUUGCAUUGAGCUGUCGGAGGAAGAGGUACGGCAGCAAUUUCCGGUUGGCACGGUGAGCAAGCUAGCACUCAUCAUCAAAACCAAGGAGGAUGGCACGAUUAAGAGGCGUGUCAUAAUUGACUUGUUGCGCAGUGGGGGCAACAGCAGAUGUCGCAUACGGGAACGCAUCGUGUUGCCGAGAAUACAAGACGUGCUGGACAGCCUGAGGUACCUGAGAGAAAACCGUUUUGGGUUGAUCUUGAGGGCACAGAAGGAGGACUGGGACGAUCAAGACCAAUGCGACGAAGUGGAACUGGUGUCAGCAGACUUGUCAGACGCAUACUGUCACUUGGCGGUCCAUGAGAACGAGCUGGGCAACUGCGUGGCGGCGUCAGUCAACCCUGGCAAGUAUCUUGUGUUCGUGGCAAUGCUGUUUGGCUUCAAGGGAGCCCCACUCAUCAUGGGAAGGUUUGCUGCGACAUUGGCGAGACUGCUACAGUCCUUGGUGCCGGCCGAUGAGAUGCAGUCACAGCUGUACAUGGACGAUCCGUUAUGGAUGUUGCAGGGUCCACGUUGGAGGAGGAGAGAAAACCUUGCGCUCAUCCUCUACAUGUGCGGGGCCUUGGGAGUGAAGCUUCAGUUUCGAAAAGGCUUCAGAGGAACGGAUGCAGUGUGGAUUGGAGUGCGCAUGGAGUUGAAGCUGGCAGAGGACGUGGUCAUCCUUUCUAUCCCGCCCAAGAUGAUGAACGAGGUCAAAACAACACUGGAGAGCUGGCAGAACAAGGGCAUGGUAGCCCUCAGGGAGGUCAGGGCUGUGACGGGAAAAUUGUCAUGGAUCUGUGGCAUCAUCGUGAGGGCUAGAUGGUGCGUCAACAUCUUGUACGCAGUCAUCGCACAGACGCUGGCAGAUGCGGAAAAGGAGCAAGACAGAGCAACCAGGAGGGACGACACAAGGCCAAAACCCUUCAUGGUGGCGGUGCACAGGAUUGAAUUGCCGCGACAGUGGUUCAUUGCAAUGUUUGAGAAGCCAGACAGGUUUGCGCUGAGGCGAGAGGGACUUCGUGAAGUACCAGCUCAGUUUGCGUUGAUCACAGACGCUUCCCCCAGAGGAGUGGGCGCCAUUUUGGCGGACAUCGACAGGAAAAGUCGAGCGAUCAUUCCGCUCGAGGCGCUGGAGAUACCCUUCACGGAGGAAUAUGCCAAAUGGAUGAGCAUACCAUGGGACGACCCGGCGGGGCAAGGGCCAUUGGAAGCUUGGGCGAUAUUGAUGGCCAUCAAGAAAUGGAAGCACCGAAUCAAGGGACAUUCCUUGCUGAUUCGGGCCGACAGCGUGGUGGCGUUGGCGACAGUCUCCAAGGCCUCUGCACCAUCUCCGGUGUUGAAUUGGAUCGGUGCUGAAUUGGCGCUGAAGACGGAGGAGCUCAACCUGGGCAAAUUCAUCACCCAACACAUUCCUGGAUCUUGGAAUGUGGAAGCUGAUUGGCUUAGCCGCCCACACCAGCGGGGCGAGAUGCCAAAAAGAUUGGUGGGGGUGCCCAUGCGUCAGUUUCCAAAGGAAAGAAUCAUGACGUCGGCCUUGAAACCCCCCGGGGUGGACGCGGCGCUGAGAUGGGGCCAAGCAUCCAAAGUGGAGCAGGGAAAUGGCGGGUUCACAGACAGUGUCACGGGGGGUCGAGGCAUCAACGCAAACUAUCUUAUGCACUCCUCCAGAUUCUUUAACCCAGAGGGACAAGGAGAAGGGCAACCGAGCAGUCACGCCAGAUCCAAUAGCAGUCUACUCCUCCUACAGAAGGGGAGGCAACAGAGAACGUCUGACACAGGACAUGGUGGUCAGAGCCUUGCCAGUACUGUCAGAUAUGGAGCAAAGAAUCGACAUGGCAAGGAUGAGAGAGAGUUGGAGAAAAUCCUAGGCAAGGGCUUGGUAGACCCAGUGGAAGUGCUGACACAAACCAAGCUCACUGGCAUGAAGCUUGCAUAUCAACUGGCAACGUCUACCAAGAACAUCAGAAACGCGGUGAACAAGCUGAAGUCCAACUUUUGGGCCCCAUCGUCCAGAGCGGCGAGAGACAUUAAGAGGAGUGAAGUGGUGAGACUGGCGAGACUGGUAGCGGGAACGGCCCAACAAGUCUUUCCUUUGACACAGGAGGUUGUCGAAGGAGUGGCGGCCUGCAUAAAAGAUGCCAACAUGAAGUCAGGUGACCAGUACCUGAACGAGCUCAAACUAUGUCAUAUAGAACAGGGCUUUGAUCUACCACCGUGGCUGGUGAGAACACUGGCUAUGUGCAAGAAAGCGCUGAUGAGGAACAAAGGCCCUGUCAAAAGAGCCAUAGAGGCAAAAUUGGAGGACAUAGAAGAGGAGCAGUGGGCAACCGAUGGUGCAGACGCUGACAACGGGAUCAAUCCUGCGCUCUCAUAUGCCUGGGCAUGUUUGUGGAUGUUGCGGGAAAUUGAGGCCAGUGAGUGCAAGUGGGAGCACAUACAGAUGGAUCGGCAACGAAAGACCGUUUCCUUGAUGAUCCCGAUCUCAAAAAUGGAUCAGGAUGCGAAGGGAAUCAAGAGAACUUUGCAAUGCUGCGGUGAAAACGUGUGUUCCAGGUUUUGCGCAUGGAAUGUUUGGCUCCGCAUGGUGGAAGAGUUUCCAAAGCGAAAAGAGAAGAAAGGAUAUUUGUUCACGGACAAGUUCAAGGGCAAGUUGAACAAGAACAAGAUGAUCGAGGCUUGGCGAAAAGUCACGAGAAAACAAGUGACAGGACACUCCGCCCGGAGGAGUGGGGCCAUGGAACAUGUCAGAAGAGGUUUACAAUUACAAGAAUUGGCAUUCCUCGGGCGAUGGAAGUCGGCUGUGGUCCUGACCUACGCCAAUGAUGCCUUGCAAGAAGUUCCUGCCAAUCGCAAUGGGAGGAACGAAACUCAAAUGGGAAAUGGCACAGGAUGGCAAAUACCGAUGGCAAAGUGGAAUACGGCUUGCGGCUGGAACUUCACCAAGAACCCUGAAAAGGUGCGCUUAUCAGUGGCACUACAGUUCAACCAGACCCGUUGUCGAAAAUGCUCGGAGGUGAUGAAAUCCCGCGACUUGGUCAGGGAGGGCAAAACUUUGGCAGGCUUCAUCACAGGUGAUCCCACCCACAAGUUUUCAGAAUUCGACGUGCAGAGGGCAAAACUUUGGCAGGCUUCAUCACAGGUGAAGCUGUGGCCAUGUUUGGCUCAUGACAUGGCCGAGUUGAUGGAUUUGACUGUCAGCAACUGCUGA